ACUGAAAUAAAGGUGUCCGGCAAUAGGAUACACUGCCAUACAUCAUAUUGGUAAUAAUAUCAUUAUGUGAGAAGUGAGAUUUUUUAUUAAUAGAGUCAAUGGCGACAAUAGUCAAAUAUGACUAAUCGCCACUCAAACGGUACCCACUCAAACCAACAUAAGAAGAAGAAGAAGUACAUGCAUGCGAUAUCGUAUGCAACAUUAACAUAGCAUGUUAACAUGGUUAACAACAGUCACUGGUGCCGGUAAAUCAACGCUCGUUACAGCCACUCAUUGUAGCAGGACUGAAGAGGGCAGGAGAUGCAUCCUUGACCUUGAAAGAAGAGUUUUUGAAGAUGGGAUAGAUAUCCUCAGCGGAUCCACUAAAAGCAAGAUGAAAGAAUCUUUAGUGUCCGAAAAGUCAGGCCAGAAUGGAACACAGCUUCUUCAAUGUUUUUUCUGCGAUGCCUCUUUUUAUGAAGAGCAAGACCUCAGCAAACAUCUCCAACAUCAUCUACAAGGAAACGGCGUCGAAGAACUUGGCCUGAUUCAUUUCCAUCGUGAGAAGCUGUCCAAUCCUGAGGAAGUGAAACAGGAUAGGAGCGCAUGUGAGACGCCUUCCAUGUGCCAAGAUUCUGAUGGUACGAGAGUAUAUCCUUCCCACGUUGAUCAUGAAGGCCACAGAAGUAACUGUACAGUGGAGACCAUUGGGAUACAGAACGAUGGAAUUGAUAUUUCUUUGGCAUCCCAGCCACAGAAAGAACAGGUUGUACAGAUGGCAACAUCUGAAGAUCAAGGAGAAACUCAUUACCUUGUCCAGUUAGGGGAAAUGGAGAAUAUUCAAACUGGUAAAUUCAGAGAUCAAGCUGAUUUUUCUUGUCAUCCUCAGGUAGAUAAAGAACAAAGAGAGACCUUCAAUCAAGUAGAUGUUUCAUGUCAUCCCUUGUCAGAGAAAAGUGGGAGCGCUGAAACAGGAGAAACCUUCCAUCAAACAAAUAUUUCUUGCCAAUCCCGAUCCGUCCAAGUACGAAAUUCUGUAAGACACCAUUUCCAGUGCGAGAACUGUGAGGAAGCUUUUGAAACACAGGCGAAACUAAUCUUCCAUGUUACGCAAAUGUCGGCUGAAAAGUCCUAUUCAUGCUCCAAGUGUGGUAGCGAAUUUUCAUGGAAAUGCCUGCUGCUAGUUCACAGUGCAUCACACUGUGAAUUGAAACCAGACAAGUGCAAUCCUCUGCGGGAUCGGUCUAAGUCAAUAAGUAAGAAGGAGGAACACAUGGAUGGGCAAGAAUGGUGCUGCAAAAGUGAAUCAGAGCAGCCCAGACAGAUCUGUGGAAAAUCACUCGGGUAUUCCCAGUCCACACUGAAAUCUGAGACUUCUCAUACUGGAACAAAACCUCAGGGCUCAGAGUCUGGAAAGGGAGUUGUCACCGAAGGUAAUUUGAAAAAGCACACGGCGAAGAAAAAUAUACGAACACGCGAGAAGACCAAGAGAAUUCAGGCACAUACAGGAUUCCAUCAGUGCUCGUAUUGUUCAAAGGAAUUCAAAAGGAAAUGUCACUUAGCUGAGCACAUUUUGAUCCAUACAGGGGAAAGGCCUUUUGUGUGUUCACUAUGUGGGAAGGGGUCCAGGACUAAAAGCAAUCUCAACAGGCAUGUGAAGAUAAUGCACCCUGCCAGUUCAAUCUCUAAUGAGUGCCCAUCCUGUUUCAAGAUAUUUCCUUCUGGGGCUCAAUUACAACGUCAUCUUUAUCUGAAACAUAACGAGGAAAAACCAUUUCAGUGUUCUGAGUGUGGAAGAGGCUUCAUUAAGAAAGGUUUUUUGGAUAAGCAUACAUGCAUGAAAAGUAAUACAAAAUCUUCUGGUUGGUCUCAAAAUUGUUCAUAUUGUUCCAAGAAAUUCCAUUGUAAAUCCCGUUUUGAUGACCAUGUUAUGAAUCAUACAGGGGAAAGGCGCUUCCAGUGUGCAAAUUGUGGGAAGGCUUUCAUCAAAAAGGCUAAAUUUGAAAAGCAUACAUGCAGAAAUACACAAGUAGGAAACAAGGAUCAGAAACUUCACGAAUGCUCUUACUGUUCCAAGAAAUUCCUUAGGAAGUGUCAUUUAAGUAGGCAUGUUGAGAUACAUUUAGAGAAUAGCCCUUUCCAUUGUUUGAAAUGCGGAUUAAAGUUUGUUACUGAGAUUGAUCUUGAUUUCCAUCAAUGUGGGAUUGCUGUGAAACCACCUCUAGUUCAUGAGAAAGUCCAUGAAUGCUCAUAUUGUCACAAGAAAUUCUUUCGUAAAGCUCACUUACAGGAGCACGUAAAGACACACACAGGAGAAAGGCCUUUCAAGUGUGCACAUUGUGGGAAAGGUUUUAUUACCAAGUGUAAUUUUAAAACGCAUACAUGCAGGAAUCCAGAAAAGGGACAGAUUUCUCAAAAGUAUAAUAAAUGCUCUUAUUGUCCCAAGAAAUUCUCCCGUAAAGCUCAUUUACAGGAGCAUGUCAUGAUACACACGGGAGAAAGGCCUUUCAAGUGUGCACAUUGUGGGAAAGGUUUUAUUACCAAGUGUAAUUUUAAAACGCAUUCAUGCAGGAAUCCAGUAAAGGGACAUAUUCCUCAAAGAUAUUACAGGUGUGAAGGCUCGUUUAAGAAAUACGUUCAGAAGCCUGUCUCUAUACCUUCAGAGAAUAGUGCUUGCCAGUGUUUGAAAUGCGGGUUGGAGUUCCUUACCAACAAUGAUCUUGAUAAACAUCCAUGCAGUACAUCUGGGAAAUCAAUACCUCCAGUUCGUGAGAAAGUCCAUGAGUGCUCUUAUUGUCACAAGAAAUUCUUUCGUAAGGCUCACUUACAGGAGCAUGUCAUGAUACACACGGGAGAAAGGCUCUAUCUUUGUGACAAAUGUGGGAAGGGUUUUAGUACCAGGGGUAAUUUUAGAAGGCAUACAUGCAGGAUUCCAGAAAAAAAACAGAUUCCUCAAAGAUAUUACAGGUAUGAAGACUCGUUUAAAAAAUUACUUAAGAAGCCUGUCUCUAUACAUUCAGAGAAUAGUGCUUUCCAGUGUUUGAAAUGCGGGUUGGAGUUCCUUACCAAUAAUGAUCUGGAUAAACAUUCAUGCAGUACAUCUGGGAAAUCAAUACCUCCAGUUCGUGAGAGGGUCCAUGAGUGCUCUUAUUGUCACAAGAAAUUCUUUUGUAAGGCUCACGUACAGGAGCACAUCAUGAUACACACGGGAGAACGGCCUUUCAAGUGCGCAUAUUGUGGGAAAGGUUUUAUUACCAAGUGUAAUUUUAAAAGGCAUACAUGCAAGAAUCCAGAAACGGGACAGAUUUCUCAAAUGUAUUAUAAAUGCUCUUCUUGUCCCAUGAAAUUCUCCCGUAAAGCUCAUUUACAGGAGCAUGUCAUGAUGCACACAGGAAAUAGGCUCUAUCUUUGUGACAAAUGUGGGAAGGGUUUUAGUACCAAGUGUAAUUUUAAAAAGCAUAUAUGCAGGAUUCCAGAAAAAGAACAGAUUUCUCAAAGAUAUUACAUAUAUGAAGGCUCGUUUAAGAAAUUUCUUAAGAAGCAUGUCUCUGCACAUUCAGAGAAUAGCGUUUUCCAGUGUUUGAAAUGCGGGUUGGAGUUCCAUACCAACAAUGAUCUUGAUAAACAUUCAUGCAGUACAUCUGGGAAAUCGAUACCUCCAGUUCUUGAGAAAGUCCAUGAGUGCUCUUAUUGUCACAAGAAAUUCUAUCGUAAAGCUCACCUACAAGAGCACGUCAUGACACACACGGGAGAAAGGCCUUUCAAGUGUGCACAUUGUGGGAAAGGUUUCAUUACCAAGAGUAACUUUAAAAAGCAUACAUGCAGGGGUCCUGAGGAAGAACAAAUUUCUCCAAACAAGGGAGGGUUCCAGGACAUUUGCUUUGGCGACGAUUGCUGCUUUCGAAAUUCCACACACUAAUUAACCAACUUCACCCAGGGUUUAACACUAUACCCUACCCUAAUCCAAACAUAAACCAUAAUGGUUAGUUGCGGUCAUGGUCGCUCAUAUGGUUUACGUAGCAGGCGAUGCAGCCUGCCAGUUUCGCAGACCGUAUUGCAAAUCAAAAUCGAUUCCGGACUCGAUACUAAAUAUUUACCCUCUCAAAAUGUAGCUAUAUUAUAAAUAUCAGUAGACAAAGGUGUAUGGUACAAGAACAUUGUUACUUUCAACAUCAAAUGUGUUGGUUAAUUUUGUUUGGAUUGUAUUAAUUAACCCUAAUUCUCCCGGGGGGGGGCCAUAAUGGCCCCCCCCCUCGACAAUUUUCGUGAUAUAUCUGCUGCGCAAAAUUUUUUGACCUCGCCGCUUACCGACUUUUUACUUUCAAGUCUCGCGCAAAUUUUGAGACCAAAUUUGUGACACCCGGGUACACGGUUACGACAUUACGCAACAUUAUGUAAGUGCAUGUCAGACCCAAAAUUGCUCAUAAACGUGAUUUCAUGUACAAAUCCAAUGCAAAUUGUGUAUUUAGCCAAAAUUCAUAAAUGUAUCAUUAUUUCUACUUUUACUGAUUAAACUUAAUUAAUUUUGCCUUGUUUAUGGUCAGAAUUAAGUCUGGAACGAUUUCCAUUGAAAAAACAAUAAAAGACAAAAAGUAAAAAAACAAAGAAAUACAUAAGAAAUUCAUAAAACAAUAAAAUACAUAAGAAAUUGAUUUCCAAACCGAAGUUUUUUUCAUUGCGAUUGUUAAGAAUGCUACAAAGAAUAUUUUUACCAAAAAUUAGCAUUCUAGGAGCUUUAUUUAGUGAAUUAGAGCAAAAAGUAUGAUUUAUGCAUAAAUUAGCAUAAUUAAUUCAUAUAAAAUAAAAUCUCAUUAUUUUGGAAAAUUUUACCAUACAGCCUUGUAGAUUACAUCGCAAACUACCAGCGUGCAAAUUUUUGCGUCGCUCGCUCGAUCGGCGGCCGAGAUCUUAGGGGGGGCCAUAAUGGCCCCCCCCCCGGGAAUGACAAGAAUCAAAAUACCCCGGGAGAGUGAGGGUUAAAUGAAAAUAGUCUAGGAACGGAACUAUCACACGUUAGUCAUGCGAUGUUGUACACAUAAAUAUGCCAUGUUCUGCCUGCUCGAUCUCAAAGUUUGGGAGAAAAAUGAGAUGUAACCAUUAUACCAGUCAUGAAGUAUUAAUACGUCAACAUGUAGGUAAUCUAUUUAGCAUUGAGAUGAUGAUCAAUCUCGACCUUUUUACCCUCAGGGAUAUUUCAGUGGGAAAACAAAGAUGCCAGUGUCUCGGAUAUAUGGGUGAUUUCGGACAGUUUGCCAUAGCAAGAGUUGUGAACAUGGACAAUUUCAAAUGAACAACGAGACGUAGAUAGUGAAUUAAUUGUAAUAAAAUGUUCACACUAUUAUCAAUCUGGUGUGAGAUUAUUAAUAGUUAUAAAGAUAUACCCGGAUUUUUACAAUAUUACGCUCGUGAAAACGACUUCCCUGUGUUGAAGCUGUGUGUGUGGACUUCAAAUGCAUGCGACUAACCAUUAUGCCUAUUUUACAACUCCCAAGAAUGUUCUGUAUUCUGUUUGGUCCAAAUCUGAUCACAUGGUAUUCAGUGAAUUGCACUAUGGCAUCCAAAAUGCACUAUCCUGCACUCUGACGUCAGAGUGCAUCCAGAAUUUAGAGCAAUUAUAGCAUUCCGGGUAACUCGGUAAUAGCAAGGGGGGGGGGGGGUGUAUAAAACAAACAAUCCACGCUUUCUUGUGCAUAGAGGACCUAAAUGAUUAACUAUUUGCUCAACUCACCAAAUGGAUAUACCGCACUCGGCCCUGUUGACCUUGGUGUGGUAUAUCCAUUGGCUCUUCUUGCACAUCGUUCAUUAUUUGGACCUGCAUGCACGCGCUUACGUGCAUUAUUUGUAUAUUGCGUCCCUAACCUUACAUCUUGGAUAAAUUAAGCCCAGGGCAAUUGUCGCAGGAGCAAAUGUCGUGCCACCCCAGGGACGAUUAUCAUUUCAAGAUUUUUUUAAAGAUUUGACUGCCAGAUUUGAAAAUAAAGUUAUCUAAUUCUAGACAUGGAUGACUUAUUUGGCUCCCCAUAGUUAAACCACAUUUUUAAACCAGGGGUCCGUUGCAGAAAGAGUUGCGUUUAAACGCAAGUCAAAAAAUCAAUCGCAAGUCCCAAAUGCGCGCUGUUGAUUGGUUGAAAAUCAAGUUGCGCAUGAUUUUUAGAGUUGCGAUUGAUUGCAACUCUUUCUGCAUCGGGCCCCAGGUGAAUUAAAGCUGACUUUGGAAUACGGCCCACUUGCCAAUGUGGGCCCUGUUCAUGGCAGCUUCAAAAUUCAUGCUUGAUGCCACCUGUAUGAAAAGCGAAGCUGGGCGAAAAAUAUAUGCGCUAAUUGGGAGAAUAUAUGCAGACGCAUUCAGGGGCCGCGGAAGCGUGGGGGGGGGGGGCCGCCCCACUUUUUUUCAAAACCGUGUACAAAAACGUUAAAAUGACUAUAAGAUUGUGAUUUUUUGCAUGGUCAGCCCCCCACUUUGAAAACCGUUCCGCGUCCCCUGGCAUUGAAUUUGCAAGUAUAGCAGAGCAUUCAUCGGUGUGAACUAUUUAUUGUCCAUCUUAGCUUUCCAUAGAGAUGGUGUCCAGCUGUAUCAUACAUUCAUGAAACGGUUUCCUGAUAAUAGCCAUCAUCGCGAACUAGAACAGGUCAUGAUAAAUAAACAUUGUGAUAAACACAACACAGGUAUGAGAUAUUUUCUCUGUCCUUUAAUACUGCGUGAGGGUUUUAUUUUCUACGAGUAAUCUAACCAGUGGUUGUGAAAAGUGGGCCCAGAUAAGAAACUGCAUUCAUAUCUAUGUUCACAUUGGCUUUAGAAAUCUCAUAUAAAAUCUAAAUUGGAUCAGUAAAUCAGUAUGUUGAUAUCUACUUGAGACAGAAAAGGGAUUCUCAAGACAGACUCUUUAACUCAUUUGCUGUGGCACAAUUAAUGCAGGAUGAUAACUUUCCUCUGUGCAAAAUAGACCCCCUUCCCCAAAGAAGAAAAAUCUCAUUGCAUACAUAAGACAGUAGCGUAGGCAGGGGGGGAGGUGACAGGGGUUCAACUGUGAUCACCUCCCCCUCAAUCUUUUUUGAAAACAUUUGUUUUGCUUGUCAUUUUUUGGGUACGAGUUGACCUAAACUUUUUGAUGAACACUUUUCUCUCUUUUUGCUUGUCAAUUUUUCUUGGUACGAAACGACCUCAACUGUUUAGUGAAUUCUUUUUUUUCUUCUUUUUUAUUUAUUUUUUAUAGCUUAUCAGCUUUUCAUUCACCUCGAGUACCCCCCCCCCCUUUCAAAAAUCCUGCAUAUACGCUACUGGCACAAUAGAUGGGGAAAUCUCAAAUAAAAAGCUGUUGAAAGGACACAGUAUCUCACAGUGUAUCGAUAGUGCCUUGGCACACAACGUAUAUUAUCAAACAUCUUCUCACUUACUCGCACUGUAUGCGCCCUCCCCCCUUUUUCGUACCGACAAUUGGGGUGCCCCCCUUCCACCCUACUGGAUGCACCUACGAUUCAGCAGAUCGAGUUAUCAAAUUUGUAACCUCUUGAUGGAUAACUAAAUAAUGUAUGUAACAAGCCAUUAUUUCAUUAUGAGUAAUAAAAUGGAUGACGCAAGAAGAAAAUGAGAA